AUGGCUUCGACGACCACUCAAGAGGUGGUUUCUGGUUCCAAUACAAGUGCCACGGAGGCAAUAAGUCAUCUUAAUACAGAUAGUACAGUUAGCAAGCCACCUCCGGAUUCUGAAGGUUCUGGAGUGGGUGCAGCAUCUAAAAGUGAGGAAGAUGAGAAGGAAACUAAGGGAGAGGAUGUUGUUGUGGAAAGGCCAGUUGUCAAUGCUUCGUAUGUUGGUUGGAAGCAGAUUGGGGGGUGGGAGGAGAGAGAUGAGCUCAAAGCGGAUGACUUGUUGUUAGAUUUGAACAGGGAGACUGCUUUGAGUAAUGUUCUUCCUGAUUCUGCAUAUGGGGAUUGGUUUCAUUCGGUGGGAUAUUUUUUCGUGGGGGGGUUCUUGUCGUUUUUGUUAGGGUAUUUUAAGUUUGGUUUGGCACCCGUGUUCUUUAUUGUUGUUGGGGUUGCGCUUCUUUAUCGUACUUCUAUCAAGAGGUAUCGUGCAUCUAUUAGGGAGCUGGUGCAGAAAGAACUGACAGUUCAGAAGGUGGAGGAUGAUUAUGAAUCGAUGGAUUGGUUGAAUAACUUUUUGGAUAAGUUUUGGCCUCGUAUAGAGCCAGCUGCGUCUAAAAUGGUUGUUGACCAAGUUAACGAGGAAUUAGCUAGGAACCCAGCUGUCCCCGGUUUCAUCCAAUCUUUGUGGGUUGAUCAGUUUACUUUGGGUGUUAAACCUCCGAGAAUUGAUCUUGUGAAAACUUUUCAGAACACAGAUCCAGAUGUGGCUGUGAUGGAUUGGGCAGUGUCUUUUACUCCCCAUGACUUGAGUGAUUUGGAUGCUAAACAGCUGAAGAACUAUGUAAAUCAAAGGGUUGUGAUCAAGGUGAAGAUAUUUGGUAUUUCAAUACCUGUUAUCGUUCAAGACAUUGCGUUCAGUGCACAUGUGAGAGUGCGGAUGAAGAUGAUGACGCCAUUCCCUCAUAUUGAGACUGCAAAUGUUCAAUUGCUAGAUAUUCCAGAUAUUGAUUUCAUGUUCAAGAUGUUUGGCGAUACUAUUUUUAACUGGGAACUUAUGGCAAUCCCAGGGUUGUUGCCCCUAAUCAAAGAGAUGGCAAGAAAGUACGCCGGUCCAAUUUUGUUACCCCCUUUUUCAUUCCAGUUGAACAUUCCUCAGCUGUUAUCAGGAUCAUCGUUAUCUAUUGGAGUUUUGGAACUCAGUGUGCACAAUGCAAAGAAUUUGAAAUGUUCACGUAGUUCACUGGAUGGUGAAGAAUUGAGUCCAUACUUGGAGUUCAGCUUCAAUGGUAAAGUCGUCGGGAAGACUGCAACGGUUAAGAAUACUUUGAAUCCCGUGUGGGAUGAGAGCAUGUAUAUCCUAGUAAGUUCGUUCACUGAUCCGCUAUCUAUUACAGUUUAUGCUCAACGUGAAAACUUGAAGGACAGAGUUUUGGGUAGGGUCCAGUACAAUCUUUCAUCUUUACAUGAUAAGCCACUUCAAAAGGGACGGUCUGCAAAGAUUCUGAACAACUCUAAACCUGUUGGUUUAUUGAACUUUGAUUUGAAUUUCCACCCUACAUUGGAGCCCAAGAAGUUGCCUGAUGGUUCUGUGGAAGAAUUGUUAGAUUUAAAUUCAGGUAUCACUAAGAUUCAGGUAGAAAAAGCUAUUGAUUUGAAUAACGCUGGUGAGAAGAAGCCUUCCACUUACGUUGAAGUUUAUGUUAACGCCAAAUUGGUUUUGACUACUGCUGUGGUUGCUAAAAAUGCGAAUCCAACUUACAGCGGUGAGCACGAAACUGUUAUAACAGACCGUCGCAGAACCAGGGUUAAAUUGGUUGUCAAGGACUUGAAAGGUAAUAUAAUUUCCAGUACCGUCCAAUCUUUAAAUGAUCUGAUCGAUAGAACUCAGGUCGAUAAAAGAUGGAUUCCACUACAAGGGGGUAAAGGUGAACUGAAGGUUACGACACAGUGGAAACCUGUAGCAUUAGAUGCUGGUUCUGAUAAUGCAGGAUAUGUUCCACCAAUCGGUGUCAUCCGGUUAUUAUUAAAUAAGGCAGAAGGCUUGAGAAACUUGGAAAAGAUCGGUACCAUUGAUCCGUAUGCGAGAGUUUUGGUUCAAGGCAAUGUUAGAGGUAGAACCAAUGCAGCCGACUCUACUGUGGAUCCCAUAUGGAAUGAAGCUAUUUAUGUUACAGUUUCUUCUCCCAAUCAAAGGAUUAGUAUUGAAUGCAUGGAUGUCGAGACGGCAGGAAAUGAUCGUACUUUGGGUAAGUUUGAUAUCAAGACUUCGGACUUAUUUCAGAAGGGUUCUGAUGAUAGGUAUUUGGAAGUUAUUAAUGAGGACCCAAUAAUGGGUCGCCUGGUUUCUAAAAAGGGGCCCAAGGGCAUCGUUACGUAUUAUAUUUCAUUCUAUCCUUCUCUUCCUAUUUUAAGCUUGGAAGAAAUAAUGGAGCUUGAUUCUAUCAAUGAAAGUAAGAAACAGUUGCAGGUUAAGAAAGAUAUUAUGAAGGAUUCUGCCUCUUCUGAGAAGAAGGCAGAAAUACAGAACGAGGAAACUGAGCUGAAGGAAUUAGAAGAUAUGUUCAGUAAUAAGAUGAAACUAGAUUUGGGCGAACUAUUGCAGUAUGGUAGUGGUGUUUUUGCAUUCACAAUAUUAGGAGGUGAAUUGCCUCAGACUGGCUGUUAUAUUCAAGCAUUCUUUGACUCAGGUGGUCAUCCAAAAUACGUCUCUCCAAAGAAUGCUACUAAAACUGUAAGGCCUAGUCCUUGGGGUGACGCUCUUAUCACAGAGCUACAAUGGUCUGUCACCACUUUUAGAGUUACAAAGAAUGCUCAUCAGAACAAAGCUGAAGGCUGUUUGUGCGAACUCAAUAUUCCAACAAUUGAAUUGGUUAAAAACUGUUUCUAUAAGCCUUCCAUUGUGACAUUGACUGGCGAUUCUACUGGAAAGGUGAUGGUACAGGCCUCUUGGUUCCCUAUUGUAGCCACCAGAUUCCCUCAAUCAGACUUAAUCACAAAUACUGGUGACUUGGAUAUUGAAAUUCGUAAUGCAGUUAAGUUGAUUGCUGCUGACAGAAAUGGAAAAUCUGAUCCAUAUGUCAAACUUUAUAUAGAUGAUGCUGAGAAUCAUUUCUAUAAAACAAAGGUACAAAAGAAAAACCUAAACCCAACUUGGGGAGAGUCCACUACAAUCCAAAUUAAUAAUAGGGUUAAUAAUUACUUGAGAAUCAAAGUUAUGGAUUGGGAUGCAGGAAAUUCUGAUGAUUUGAUCGGACUGGCUAUGGUUGCAUUGGCUGAUAUUAAUCCAGAUGGAGAUACUGUUAUGGACGUUCCACUAACUGCACCAGAUGGUGGUGAUGGUGGUAUUCUUUAUUUGACAUUUAGAUUUGCUCCUAGGUACACUGUGUCCGUAUCUAAAGUCGAAACAAAGGUUGCCGAUAUUGCAACGAAGGGUUUGUCCGCAGGUCUACACGCAGGAACGAGUGCCAUUGGCACUGGUUUGGGCGCUGUUGGUAAACUCAAAAAAGGUAUCUUGGGAGGUAAAAAUAAGGAUAAGGAUAAGCAAAAGGUAGAAGAAUGA